AUGCCAAGUCGGUGGCGCGUCCUGCUGCAAGUUCUCGUGGCACGGCCUGUCAUGACAUUCAACAGUUCGAAGAUCACGCUUCGGGGAAGUGACAGUCCAGUCAACGGCUUCGAGAAGUUGGACAAGUACGCACACUGCGACGGCAAAGUUGAUCCCUACAUGGUCUACCAGAGGAAUCUCGGCCUCAGUCCAGAAAGGGUGCUCAGCGCUGGUCGAGAAGCAGGCCUACUUCAGCAGGAGGCAGUUGCAAUAUUCGGAUGGACUCUGGGCGACUUCGAGUUUUUAAACAAAAUUGCAUGGGGCGCCCAGAAUGUGACGUUCGGUGUCGAGCCCUUUGGCUUUCCGCACUGCACAUUGACAAAGGCAGACGUGUUGCCGUACAUCGAAGUUCUUGUCAGUGGUUUGCAAAGAUUGCCCGCAGCCCAGCCAGCAGUGUUGUGGCGGGGAAGUAAAAGAUCCGCAAAACGUUUGGGUAAAGUCAUUGCAGGUGGUUUCGACAGCACGUCGCGGAGUUUUGACGCGGCCUUCAACUUUGUCAAGGGCAGCGGGGGUUCUCUUUGGGCGAUUGAAAGCCACACAGCAGGCAAGGACAUCUCCAACUUCAGCGACAAGCCUGCUGAAGGGGAGGUUCUGUUUCCCGCAGGCAGUCGCCUCGAAGUCGUGGAUUGUUCACCGGUGGUUAUCACGGAUGCAAUUCGGCGGAAAGUGAAAGAGGCCGAGACGCCAUCACAGAAGAUUGAUAUCAUUUGUUUGAAGGGUGCACCGUCUAUUAUCGUGGAUUCUUAUUUUGUUUUAGUCUAG